UUAGGGAACUUUCAUUUCAUUCCCUCUCUCUCUUAAGUGUUUUUAAUUGGUUAUCAAGUGGGUUUCGGAGACCUUUUCUUGUGCAAAGCAGUGAAGAAAUGGAAUAGAUGAGCGUUACCUCUCUCCUGAAGGUCUUGGAAGGAUGGCCCAUCCGUGGACUUCACUGCCGUGGCUCCCACUCCUCCGUGGCCAAGGCUGACCAGACCCUGGCCUUUGUUCCCGCCAGUCCUCCCCUGGACCCGGCGGAAGUUCAGAAGCUGCAGGAGUUUGUGAGCAGGGCCCAGAGGCUCUUUGUGUUGACCGGAGCAGGAAUCUCCACCGAAUCUGGGAUCCCCGACUAUCGCUCUGAAGGCGUGGGCCUCUACUCCCGGACAGAUCGGCGUCCCGUCCAGCACGCCGAAUUUCUGCGGAGUGCCCGGGCCCGCCAGAAGUACUGGGCCAGGAAUUUUGUCGGCUGGCCCCAGUUUUCAGCCCACCAGCCAAACAUCGCCCACUUGGCCCUGAGGAACUGGGAGGCACUGGGGAAACUCCACUGGCUGGUGACCCAGAACGUAGACGCCCUGCACGCCAAGGCCGGCAGCCAGCGUUUGACAGAGCUGCACGGCUGCAUCCACAGGGUCUUGUGCCUCAGUUGCGGUGACCGGACGCCCCGCACCGACCUCCAGGAGCGCUUUGAGGCCUUGAACCCCACCUGGAGAGCCGAGGCGCAUGGGGUGGCCCCGGACGGCGACGUCUUCCUGUCCGAAGAAGAGGUGCGCACUUUCCUCGUCCCCCCGUGUGGCAAGUGCGGCGGGAACCUCAAACCAGACGUGACGUUCUUUGGAGAUUCUGUGAGCAAAGAGAAAGUGGACUUUGUGUACCAGCGCCUGGGCGAGGCAGAUUCGGUCCUGGUGGCAGGGUCCUCUUUGCAGGUAUACUCGGCGUACAAGUUUGCACUCGCGGCCCGCGAUGGCAAGCUACCAAUUGCCGUUGUCAACAUUGGCCCGACUAGGGCAGAUUCCUUUGUGACUCUGAAACUGAAUUCUCGUUGCGGGGAGCUGCUGCCUCAGAUUGUCCUAAAGUGACCCAAAUCGACACCCUGGGGGAGCAACCCCUCUCUGGGGUAGGUUCCUCGCUGACCCAAGGCCCAUUCAGAAAGUUGAUUCUCUGGCAAAGCUGCCAAGAGGCGCAUCUUGCAAGAAGAGGACGUUUCCAAGGACUCCAGCCCGCUCACCUUCUUCCUAGCGCAGCUUCGGAAAACUACUUCCCUGUCUCUUUAUAAAACCUCUCGGGUUCAACUAUGAUCGGGUUCUGCUUCUUGGUGCAAACUGACAAAAUGGAAGCUAGCACGUCACCGUAUUUUCCCUAUUCUGCACCCAUGAAUGGUUCCGCUCUGCCCAAUGAAACGAAAGCAGGGGAAUCCCAGGAGACCUUGCUUCUCCCCAGCCAACCAGCCCUUUGGUUGAGAGGGGAGGGCCGUAGCUCAGUGGUAGAGCAACUGCUCCGCAUGCAGAAGGUCCCGGGUU